AUGUUAUCAUGUAUAUUCAUUUUAGAUGAAAAUUUAGAGCCUUUAAUCUCCAAGAAUAUAAGAGCCAUACCGAAUUUUAAAAGUAUAGUUGAAUUGUUUCGAAAGCACCGUUCAACAAAUACAACUGAAUUGCCCAUUGUAUCAAUAAAUGACUGGAAUUUCAUUCAGAUCAAAAGAGAUUCAUUAAUAUUUCUAGGUGCCAUCAAUAUCAAUGAUUAUAUGUCUGAUUUAAUGUCGAUGUCAAUAUACCUCGAUAAAUUCUAUUAUUUAUUAAAGAUGCAUUUAAAAACAGAUACUUUAAAUAGAAAUAUUAUUCUAGAUAAUAUCUUACUAAUAAUGGAAUUAAUUGACGAAAGUAUAGAUUUUGGUAUAAUUCAAAUGACUGAUCCUAAUAUUAUAAAAGAUUAUGUUAGAGUUAAAGUUAAUUUACCAGAUGAAGAUAUUUCGUUAUCGAUAAACAAAAAUCAAUCUUCCUUAGAUAGAGAUAAUGAAAGGCAGACAAGCAAUAAUUAUAGCAUAUCAACAGAUUCUGCACAUUAUUCAAACGAUCUAUUCAAUGAACAUUAUAAAUAUAGUAAAUAUUUAAGUAAUGAAGAUGAUGAAAGUGAAGAUAGUGAAAAGGAAACUGAAGAGAGGAAGAAAAAGAAGAAAGAAAAUUUACAGCAUAAAAAAUAUAUCAAGAAACAACAGAAAUUGGCCAAAUCAAUGUUACAAACCAUUACAAACCCAGAUGUAUCCAAAAUUCUUGAAUUAAGAAAGCAUGUAAAUAUUUUGAAUAAAGAAGAUAUGAAAUUAGUCGACGCAGAAAAUGACGAGAACUAUAUUAAUAGUUAUAUUGCGAAAACUACCAUCAUGCCUAUAUCAUGGAGAACCAAGGGGAUAUAUUAUGCUAAAAAUGAAUUUUUUUUAGAUGUAUUGGAAAAGCAAGAAUAUAUUAUGGAUUUUAAAAAUGAUUUAAUUCGAAAAAAUUUAAUUCAAGGGAAAAUCAUUUGUAGAUGUUUCUUAUCUGGCAUGCCCAAGUUAAAAAUAGCAUUAAAUAAAUUACUUCAAAAAGAUCAACAAUUUUUAUCCCAAUUAAGAUUCCAUCAAUGUGUUUCAUUAGAAACCAUUCAAAAUAAAGAAAUUGAAUUUAUUCCACCAGAUGGUGAAUUUAUCUUGUGUGAAUAUGAAUUAAAAAGACAUGUUAAAGAUCCACCAAAUAUUAAGUUGAUAUCUUUUGAAAUUAAACCAAAAUUGAAAAAAUUUAAAAUUCAAAUCAAUUUAAGCAUUACCACUUUUUUCAAAGUUCAAAAUUCCACUUCAAUAUUAAAUUUAAAAAUCCCGUUAGAAAAAUUAUUCAACGAUUAUAAAAUUGAUUUGAAAAAAUCUCCUAGAUUUAAAAGUAAUAUUGGCCAAGUAAAAUUUAAUUUAAGUGAUGACUUUCUAUUAUGGGAAAUUGGUUCAAUGAAAGGUGGCCAUGGUGAAAAUAUUAAAGCAAUGACAGCUGAAUUUUUCUUAUUUAAUGAAGAGGAAUAUUUACAAUUACAAGAGGAAUUGAAGACAUCAAUGAAUCCGCCACCAUUAAGGGUAGGACCCAAGUUAGAAGAAUUAUAUGAACAAUUACAUGAACCCAAGACGUUGAAAGAAGAAGGAGAACAAGAUAUAAACACAGGCAUUUCUAAUCACAAGCUUGAUACCAAUGAUAAUGGAAGUAUUCCUUCAACUGGAACAACGAAUGCCGGAGCAAAUAUAGCAACACCCGCAUCAACUUCAGUUGUUAAGAAUGAUACUAGUAGUAAUAAGGAAAUCCCAUUGAAGAAAGCACUUUCCAAUAAACCUCAAUAUUUAACUGUCGAUUUUGAAAUUCCAUAUUAUGCAUGUAGCGGUUUGAAAGUGGAAUAUUUAAAAAUUGAAGAAGAACAGCUAUUAUAUCAAUCAUUUCCAUGGGUAAGAUACAAAACUACUAAUGAUAAAGAUUAUGUAUUUGUUGUCUAA